GUUUAUAUACGGUGAAACUGCCUUUUUCAUCAGAACAUAACAAGAGUCCUUUUUAAACGAUGCAAUAUUCCUCUGGAUUGUUUUUCAUUGACCUAUAAUAAUAGCCACUUAUGAAUUAUUGAGCAGAGAACCAUUGCAAAAUGGCGGAAAGGGAAUCUAUACCACAAAUAAGGACAAUGGGAAGACAAAGCGUCAUUGACAUUUACAGAGCCCUUGAUAUGUUUCUAAAAAGUGAUGGUUACAGAAAAGAUCUUGAAAUCGAACUUGAAAAAUCAAACCCAGGGUUUAUUAAAGAUAUUGAUAAGAGGAUAAUUGAUAUGGAGAAAUCUGAUCAUGGGAUUGUAAUAGCAGGUGAAACAAGUGCUGGAAAAUCAACAUUGCUCAAUAUGAUUCUGCAAAAGAAUAUUUUUAUUGGUCAUACAAUGGAGUCUACUUCAACAAUAUGUAAGAUACGUAAUUUGGAUAGAGUAAGAAUAAUUACCAAGCGCAAAGAUGAACAGAUCGAGGAACCUGAAAUUGAUCUAACAGACAGAUGUGAUUUAACAAGCGAACGCGGUGUUGAGCUGCUCAGAACGCAUUUAGAAAAACUAACGGACAAGACUUCGUCGGAGAAUAGCGUCGAAUUUGAAUGUGUUGAUGUAGGAUUCCCGAUCCCUUUUCUUAAGGGAAACGCUAUUCUAGUGGACACACCUGGCAUCGGAGGAACAGGGGAUGUAACCCCAAAGCUCAUGGAAUACCUGCCUAACGCCGUGUCAUUUAUAUUUGUUAUUAAUAUUGACAGUGCUGGUGGGAUGCAAAGUGAUAGGCUUCCAGUGAUAUUGCAUUCAAUCAAUGAGACACAAAUAAAGAACGAGAUGCCUUGCUUUGAUCCAGAAGACGUUAUUUUUAUAACCAACAAGUGGGAUAGUAUCAGAAGCCAAUUUGAUGUUGAAAAAGAACGAGAGGAGCUGUGGGAAAAAAUCAAAAUUGAUUUGAAAAAAAAAUGGCCCAAUGUUAAAGACUCACACAUUUUCAGAAUGAAUGUAUUAGAUGUUGACUUGGGUGCCGACAACGAAAAUACUUCAACAAAAGAGUUCAAAAAAUUUAAAGACAUCCUCUUUGCUAAUGUUGAAAAGGCUAACGACAUUAGAAUUAAGCGACACUUUGGAUUCUUGCAAGAGUUGUUGAAGAAUGUUUCAAAAGGUCUGAACGCAAGACUACAAUUGGGGAAAAAGAGCGCAAAGGAACAACAUGCUAUGCAAAAAAUCCACCUGCAAAGCUUAAAAAACUUGAAAAUGGAAUGCAAAACGAUGAGACAAACAGUACCUAAAAAAAUUGAUAAAGCAAUAGAGGUCAUCGUAAAUGAGUGCUUUGUUUACAUGUCAUCCGAAUCGGGAAAAGAGCACAUUUUAAAUCCCAAAUGCCGUACUCCUAUGAUGGAUGUUCAAUGGACAUCGGGAUUCUUUGUCGAAGAAAUCAAGUCAAGAAUUAAUAUCUAUAUUGAGGCAUUCUUGCAAUCCCCUGAUGUUUUACAGAAAUUUGAAGACAUAAGAACCGAAAUUAUUGAUUUUUAUAAAAGGGUAUCUGUAGAUCUUUCAUCAUUGGAAGCCGAUUGGGCUUGUGUGAAGAAACAUGAAUUCAGCUGUGGCAAAAGCAUGGCCGAUCCUUUUAAGGAAUUUAAUGAAUUUCCAUUACCCCUUCAAAUAUCCAUAUUGGCUGUUUCAAUCGUUAUAACGGCUGCUGUUGCAGCUUGUCUUCUUUUAUUAAGUCCUGUACUUGGCCCGGCUCUGAUGCUCAUGAAUACCGACGAUGCUAAAAGGGAAGUCAUAGACAGGGUAUACAACGCAAACACUGCUAUCUUCUAUCCGGAGCCAGAUCCAGCGACAUCUUGAAGAAAGAAGUGGCAACGCCCUAAAUUUGCUGGUAGAAAAAGUGUCAGAACGCUUGCUUCCUAAUCGAAUUCAUUUCUUAGAAACAAUGAUUCAACAACUAUCGAAUUCGCGUGAGGAAGUUCUGGCGAAUAUAGAGUCCAUCAGCUAUCUCGCAAGCAAACUUGAAGCCAUGAGAAUGUCCGCAGAAGAUUUACAGUCUACUUUAAUGGACGAAAUAUAAACUAAUGCAGAUUGUAAGGAGAUGGUCUACUUUAUUAAAAGAAUCAUUUUUGUUGGAAAUAAUAUCAUAAAACUUGCUUGCGGUUUACGAUUAAUGUAUACUAAAAUACAAAUGAUUACUUAUCAACUUAUACACUUGAACAAGGUAAUAAACGUAUGUUUUUUUUCAUUUACAGAACUGAAAAUGAAACUGCUUCUAUUUGAAAAUGCAUUACUAUAAUCAUGCUUAAAGUAUAUAUUUAUACAUGUAUGUAGUUUCAUUUUAUUGUUUUACAGGAUACAUAUAAAUACAUAUAUCAAACAACUAACGUAAAAAUGAAAACAAAAAGAUAAUUUAGUGAAAAAAAAACCCAGGUGGUGAUAACUAAAAAAAUAAAGAUUUUGUAGUUAUUGAACUGCCACUAAAACAAAAAAAACCAUUAAAAACAAAAAGUGCGUUUGUUGGAAUAUGAACAUUUCAAUUGUUACAAUUUAUAAAUGAGAGAACUUUUGUGUUUUUCAUUAUGUUCUUGUUGUUUGAUAACAUAUUACGGCACUGAGAACAAUUUGUGAGAAAUAUUUGUCCAUGAACACAAUUAACCGUAGAUUAAUUCAUUUUUUGUGCCGUCGCUCCUCUAACACAGCAGUCUGUGCGGACAAAUUGAAUACCGCAUGUUAGCGAUUUAUGAUAAUCUGUCUGCACAGCCUGGUGUGUUAUAGGACCGACGACGUCCAACAUAAGCAUUUAAUGUUUAUAUUUUUAUUCAUUGAUGUUAUUGGUAUGUAAAAGUUUGCCGUUUUAAAGCCUUUUUUUUAAGUUCUUAAUUAGGGAUAUGAAUAGAUGGAGCAGCCAUAAAAAACAUAGUAUUUAAUUCUUUCGCUCCCAAAUAUAUAGUGACAGGAACAUUCUUAUUUUCUUAUAUUUUAUAAGUACAUAUCAAAUUGGUUAAUUUAAAUGUGAAACUUUCAUUUAA